GAGAAUUCAUCAGCAAUACAUGCUCAGGCAUCCAUAGAGGCACUGCAUCACAGCAAAUGCCCUUGUUUCAAAGUCAAGAAAUCGGGCACUGAAGCAACAGGAAUUUUUUCCGUGCUACACAUGUAACCCGCGUUCUAUAUCCCCAUCACGCAAUCCCCGGUCUUGUCGAACCCCUGUGCUGCCGUCCCUCGGCCGUUUGCAAGGCGUUCUCAACAACAUGCCUGGCAAACGCCCUAAGAGGCCGUUUGCUGGCUCGAACACUGCCCGCGGUAAAUCUGGAAAGAUGGCUCAAGGCACAUUGGAUUCUUGGGUUUCCCAAAAUCUCUCUCUGGAAGGUCCUUCAAAUGCAUUUUCCAUGAGAGACGAGGCCAGGAAUACAGCAUCACAUCAGUCAAUCGCGGCUUGGAGUCCCGGUGGCAUCAAGCUCAGACAGAAACCUGUCGCUUUCGUGAGUGCCGGCUGGAUCGAGCCUCUCAAAGAUUCGAAGCUCCUCGAUCCCUCGGACGAGGCCAAUGUCGAGGAGCCCGCUGAUGGCGACAAUGCCCCAGUGAUGGGAGAAGCCACCGUGCGGACUAUCGAGCUCACGGAUGUUGUGGCGACUGUCGGACAAGAGAAUGAAAAUCCCUCCGGUACAGGGGACUCAAUUCCUCAGGAGCAAUCUAUUGACGAUCCAAGCCAAGCUCUAGACCUCCGAGACGUCGACGCAGAGGACCUCUUUUUCUACGAUCUCGUAGGCAAUAAAGCAAUGGAUAGCCCUCCUGCUUCUCCGCCUAAGAUCCCAAACCCCAAGUCCUCGGUUGGGGGAUCUGACUCAAGCGAGGAAGUUAUUCUCUUCAAAGGCCGCUCCGGAAAGGCUCGCGGAACCGUUAAGAAACGCGAGGGCUCUCAACAUAAUACCCGGAUGCACCCUUCCGUGACCUCGAAGUCCAAGGCCCCUGCUACAGCUCCAAUUGUACCAGCUGCUAAGACAGUUGCACCACCCAAUUCUGUUUCACGGCAACACGAAAAGAAGCGCGGCCUUCCCAUACCCGUGGAAUCCGCAGAAGACGGCGAAGAAGAUGAGGAUGCUGAAGAUGCUAUUUUGGCUGACUAUAUUGCCAAUAUGCUUGCAAAUUCAGAAGAUGAUUUUGUCACCCAUCAGCUCCAGUCAUACUCUGGCCAUAGGGACCUCGGGGGCGAUGACGAUGCUUUCAACUUCGGAUCGGCCGACGAGGAGAGACUACCAUAUCACAGCGGCUCGUUGAACAACGAAGGGACGGAUUCCGAGGAUCUUGACACUAGUGAUGUUGAAGAAGACGAGCCUGAGGGCGAAGAGGAGCAGGACAUGGCCGCGGACAUGGACGAUGAAGAACUCGCCCGACUUUUCGCUAAACAAGAGGAACUGGGUAUUGGCGGCGACGAGCUGAUCCUAGCCUCUGCCGGCUCGUAUGCUAAAGCCGAAGGUAAAAGGGCGCGCAGGAACCUGCCCGCUGCAGCAGGCUCUAAGAAAUUUCUCAACGGGUUUGCCAACGCUACCUCAGUUGCCGAUGCCUUUGAUGAUCUGAAUAUCGGUCAGCCGGCCCGCAGACGGAAAACCAAGCAACCCCCCAACUUCAACGUGUCCGAUUCGGAGAUCGACGCGGCGUUGAAAAUGGCGUGGCGACGGGACAGAGAGCGGAAGAAGAAGCGCAAGAUGGACCGCGAAGCUCUCCGUGCCCAGGGACUGCUGGGCAAGAAUGUCAACCCAGACGACAUGCGCAUCCGGUACCCUUCAGCAAUGACCCUGGAUGAUUUCAAGACCGAGAUAGCUUCAUUUCUUAUUGGCACAGAGGAACGUCUUGAAUUCCCUCCCCUCGACAAGCACGCGCGCAAGAUUCUCCACCUACUUGCCAGCAAAUUCAACAUCAAGUCGCAGUCCACCGGCAGCGGCGUGCAGCGCCGUCCCGUGCUCUACAGGACAAACCGCACCGUUCGCUACAGCGAAACCCGGGUGGGAGAUGUAACCAGCCACGUUGAGGCUGCCGCGGUGCAGAUUCGUCGCAAGUAUUUCCACCGCGUCGAUCUUUCCACUCCUGUGAAGAGGGCCAGCGGAUCGGCGAGCGGAAGACCAGAGGCUAGCAGGACGGGCAUCAAGGCGCUGAGACUCCGUGAAGGUGAGAUCGUGGGAGCGUCGGUGCCGGAGCUGGGCCAGGAUAACAAGGGUCGGGCAAUGUUGGAGAAGAUGGGUUGGAGUAAGGGAAUGGCGCUUGGCGCCAUGGACAAUAAGGGCAUCCUGGAGCCUGUGGCACAGGUUGUGAAGCAUUCCAAGGCCGGGCUGGGAUAAUCAUGGUGCAACGCGUCAAGCAGAGCACUGUGAUCGUGCAGAUUUCCGCGUUCCGGUGCCCCAACUGUACGCAUAUUGUUGAAAUCCAACUCGUGGCUUCGGCGGGAUAUGUUGUCGACUGCGCAUUUUCUCCAAGAUUAACUAGAUGUGACUCAACAUCCUACUCAGCGCAAACCGAAGAGCGCCCGGAAACCAAGUCAUCUGUCAAUCCUCGCACU